AUGAGCCCGUUCGCUAAUACCCAGCGCUGCAGCACCAUCUUCAGGAAGAACUACGCCAUGCUGGCGGUGGUCUUCGGUGCCGGCUUUGCCUUCGAGAUGGGCUUCAACUCCAGCAUGAACAAGAUCUGGGACAACUACAAUCGGGGCCGUCAAUGGAAGGAUAUCCGAAGCAGAUAUGUCGAGGGUGCCGACGAGGACGAGGAGUAA